AAACAGUGAUGGAAAACACAUGAGCAGUAACAAGUUUUAAUCUUGCUCCUCAGUACUAACAUGGACUAAUCUGUGGAAGCAGUUUAUUCCAGUAUCACCCAGGGUGCAGCUACACCAGGGGCUGUAUAGAAGAGUGUUUUUUUCUUUUAAAUGUAAUACCUCUACAUUUUUUCCUCUUAAAUAGCGCUGACAACAUUUACAUUAUAGAUAAGUAGUACAUAGUGGACAAAUUCUACUUUCAAGAGGACUACUCUCUUCUGACAGUUCUAGAUUGGUCCUCUACACUAAGACGAAAUGAAGGAAUAUAUACUCCUACUGUUCCUGGCUUUGUGUUCUGCCAAACCCUUCUUUAGCCCUUCACAUAUAACACUGAAGAAUGUGAUGCUGAAGGAUAUGGAAGACACAGAUGAUGAUGAUGACGACGAUGAUGACAACAACUCUCUUUUUCCAACAAGAGAGCCAAGAAACCCCUUUUUCCCAUUUGAUCUGUAUCCAACUUGUCCAUUUGGAUGUCAGUGCUACUCUCGAGUUGUACAUUGUUCUGAUCUGGGUUUGACCUCAGUCCCAAGCAACAUUCCAUUUGAUACACGAAUGGUUGACCUUCAAAACAAUAAAAUUAAGGAAAUCAAAGAAAAUGAUUUUAAAGGACUCACUUCACUUUAUGCUCUGAUUCUGAACAACAACAAGCUAACAAAGAUUCACCCCAAAACCUUUCUAACCACAAAGAAGUUGCGCAGGCUGUAUUUGUCUCACAAUCAACUAACUGAAAUACCACUUAAUCUUCCCAAAUCAUUAGCAGAACUCAGAAUUCAUGAUAAUAAAGUCAAGAAAAUACAAAAGGACACAUUCAAAGAAAUGAAUGCUUUACAUGUUUUGGAAAUGAGUGCAAACCCUCUUGAUAAUAAUGGGAUAGAGCCAGGGGCAUUUGAAGGGGUGACAGUGUUCCACAUCAGAAUUGCAGAAGCAAAACUGACUUCAGUUCCUAAAGGUUUACCAUCAACUUUACUGGAGCUUCAUUUAGAUUAUAAUAAAAUUUCAACUGUGGAACAAGAGGAUUUUAAACGAUACAAAGAACUACAAAGGUUGGGCCUAGGAAAUAACAGAAUCACAGAUAUUGAAAAUGGAAGUCUUGCUAACAUCCCACGUGUGAGAGAAAUACAUUUGGAAAACAAUAAACUUAAAAAAAUCCCUUCAGGAUUACCAGAGUUGAAAUACCUCCAGAUAAUCUUCCUUCAUUCUAACUCAAUUACAAAAGUGGGAGUGAAUGACUUCUGUCCAACAGUGCCAAAGAUGAAGAAAUCUUUAUACAGUGCGAUAAGUUUAUUCAACAACCCGGUGAAGUACUGGGAAAUGCAACCUGCAGCAUUUCGUUGUGUUUUAAGCAGAAUGAGUGUUCAGCUUGCAAACUUCAGAAAGUAAUUAAUUAGUAAUAAGUACUGUCCAUUUAAUAUAAAAUUCAAAAAUUCUUACAUUUGGAAUACUUGAAGUCUAUUAAUAAUGGUGGUAUUAUUCUCACAAGCAAAAAUCUAUUCCAACAUAGUAAAUCCAUGACUUGUUUUAUGACAAAAAAUUUCAACAAAGUUUUGCCAUUGAUACAUAAGGAUUAAGAGAAGCAUUUAUUGUUGUUUCUUUUUGCAUACAAAUAAUUUUGCAUAAAUCUCAUGCUUGACCAUUCUUUUCUCAGUAACAAAAAAUGAGACAUUGAGUAUUUAGCACUUUGUUAUCAAGCAUAUUUAAAAAAAAAAAAAACUAUUACAAAUGGAAUGGUUAACUUAACAAAAUUUGUGCUCUUUCAUUUGUUGUCAGAAAAACAAAAUUGACAAGAACAAUAUAAAGAGUGCAUUAUACUAUUCUUUUUCUUUCUUUAAUAACUUGAGUAGUACUAUAACACUUCUAAUCACGUGGAAGUAUGAUUUGAUAUAAUCAUAUUGAAAUUCUCAUGUUUCAGAGCCUGUCUUUUAUGUUUAAAACUAACUUCUGGCUGAGUGUGGUGGCUCAUGCCUGUAAUCUCAGCACCCUGGGAGGCUGAGGCAUAAGGAUCUCUUGACAUCAGGAGUUUGAGAUCAGCCUGGGCAAAACAGUGAAACGUCGCUAAAAAAAAAAAAAAAUUAGCCAGGUAUAGUAAUACACACCUGUAGUCCCAGCUACUGGGAGGCUAAAGCAAGAGGAUCCCUUGAGCCCAGGGAUUAGAGGGUGCUGUGAGCUUCAGCUAUGAUCAUGCCACUGCACUCUAGCCUGGACACAGAGUGAGAUCCUAUCUUCAAAAAAAAAAAAAAAAACCAAACCAAAAACAUAUGGAAAAAACCACUCUACCUUCUCAAAAUAAAGCCUUCAGUAAAGUGUUCAUUACCAACUCAAUGUGCUAUUCAUAAGAGCUGGUUUUGGGGCUAUCACAUGUGCCUUUCUUUUUUAAUUAUUAUAAUCUGAUUACAAAACCUCUGUAAAAAAUGUGUAGUGAGUGUUCAUAUAAAAUCUGUAACUCACAUUUUUUAUUAUCAGUUAUUAUAAGCUUUUAAUGGCAUGGCAAUUGUUAGUUUAUAUAACACUGUCACCUCAACUCUAAGGAAUAUUUUCAAGAUAUCCCUUUGGAAGACCUUGCUUGGAAGAGCCUGGAUACUAUCAGUGCUAUACCAAUCUGUCUCCUCAAAUAUGUACAAACUGGAAAUACACCUACUACAACUGAAUAGGCAGAGCAUGAAAUUAAACAGACAAAAAUGGAAAGCUCUGUUUAAAAGAAUACUUUGUGUAUUUUUAUUGGCAUUCAACAUAAAUUAAAUAAAAUUAGAAAAUAAGAAAAAUACCAUUAAAAGUAUUGGUCUGAA